AAUCCCAAGAAAAAGACAAAAUCCCAUACAAAAUGGCUCCCGCAUUGGUUGAGACUACUACCAGCAACAACGGACCAGUUCCGGCUUCCGUUUAUAAGUUGGACCUUGGACAGUACAAGGAGAUUGACUUGACGUACAUCGACAAGAACGCUGAGGAGGGCAAGGCUGGUGGACCUGCUGCCAAGUACCCUCACUACCUCCCAACAUGGAAUCCAGCACAAAAGUAUCCUCCUCUCCAGCCCUUUGAGCACUACGAGCACGGCAAGGAUGCCGAUACCUCGUAUCCCAAUCUUCUUCCCAGCGGAGUCAAGGUUACGGAGCUCACUCCCUCUAUUGGCUCCGAAGUGAGAGGCAUUCAGCUCUCCUCUCUCAGCGACGCCGGUAAAGAUGAGCUGGCUCAUUACGUCGCCACUCGCAAGGUUGUGGCCUUCCGAGACCAGGACUUUGCUGAUCUGCCCAUUGCCGAUGCUCUCAAGUUCGGCUCAUACUUUGGACGACAUCACAUUCACCCCACAUCGGGCUCGCCCGAAGGUUAUCCCGAGGUUCAUCUCGUCCACCGCGGCGUCAACGACAAGGGCCACUUGGACUACUUCAAGACCAGAACCAGCUCUGUAGCAUGGCACUCCGAUGUCUCAUACGAGCAGCAGCCUCCCGGAACUACUUUCCUCUACAUCCUUGACAAGCCCGAGACUGGAGGCGACACCAUCUUCACCGAUGCCGUUCAGGCAUACAAGCGACUCAGCCCUCUCUUCCAGCAGCGUCUGCAUGGUCUCCAGGCUACCCACUCAGGCAUUGAGCAGGUCAACGCCGCUGCGGCUCGUAACAGCAUCAAGCGACGAGACCCUGUUGUUCACACUCACCCUAUUAUCCGAACUCACCCUGCCACAGGAGAGAAGGCCAUCUAUGUCAACCCUCAGUUCACUCGUGAUAUUGUUGGCCUGAAGAAGGAAGAGUCCGACACCCUUCUCAAGUUCUUGUAUGACCACCUUGCCUUGGGAGCCGAUUUCCAGGCACGUGUCAAGUGGGAGGACAGGACUGUUGUUGUCUGGGACAACAGAGUUACCCAGCACAGUGCUCUUGUGGAUUGGGAGAAUGGCCAGAGGCGACACCUUGCUCGCAUUACCCCCCAGGCAGAGAAGCCAUUCGAAACCCCCUUUGAAGGUUGAGAGAGAGAGGAUGAUGAUUGUAUUUUUGUGAGCAUUUUAGCGACUUAACUUGACGGGCAUCAGAAGUGGCCUUGUACAAAAAUAUUCGAAUAAAGGUGGAUGUCAAAUGAGAGCAUAGGAAUUGAUUGGUUUUCCCCAGCUUA